AUGAAAGAUGAGACUUGUAAACCGAUAUGUUUGCAAAACGUAGAGAUAAAAUUAUCACAUGUUGAUAACAGAUUUUCCAAGUGCAGAUUAGUUAAAUGAUAACUCUCUUUCAUAUACGUGUAAUGCACUAAAGAACAACCAAAGUUAUGGGAAAUUUUCGUUCAAAUCAUAUUCUUACGAACGAAUUGAUAGAAGAAUACGUCGAAUUAUCAUAUUUAAGCAAAUCUGAAAUAUAUCACAUUUUCGAUCUACUUAAUAAUUUAACACCAGGAAUCUUACACGAUAAUUUGCAUUAUCGCUUUACGAAGAAGCAAAUAGAUGAAAUAUUACCUCAAGUUCGUCACAGUCCUUUUCGCGAUUCAAUAUAUCGGAUAUUUUCUUCGGAACAAGAUGAAUGUUUAAGUUUCGAAGAUGUUUUGGACCUUUGCUCCGCCUUUUCAGAAAAUUGUCCUUUGAACGUUCGUUCAGCUUGGGCAUUUUUAAUAUUCGAUUUCGACGGCGACGAUCAGCUUGCAUUGAAUGAUUUAAUUGAAGCUGUCCAAAAAUUGACUGGUAUUAACGAAAAUGGAGAGAUCAAGAAUGAAAUGGAUCAUGAACAUGCCGAAAAAGUAGCACGUUUGAUGAUAUCUGAAAUGGAUUUCUCCGAAAAUGGAAGUAUUUCUCCUCAAGAAUUCGAACGACUCGUUGCGAGAAUGCCGGACUUUGCUCACUCGUUUCGAUUUAAGUUCUAAUCUUAGCAACACUUUAAAUGAUUUUAGGAUAUCCAU